CGGCGCGCUUUCGUAUAUUGAGGUCGAAUGCUCAUCGUUUAAACCAAGUUUAAACCAUCCGAUCAAAAGAUCUCUCAUUGAAACAACAAAAUAAUAUAAAAUACAGAUCCCUUGGAUAAACACGCUACUAUAAAUAAAUCGUUGAUACCAUCAAUUGAAAUACGAAGCGAGUAACAACGGAACAAAGAAAAACAACUUAAAUUGCAUGUAUAAAAUUUGAUAAAGUAAACCAGUGCAUGUGUCUGUAAAAACACGGUUAUUGUUUGUUUUUUUUCACUGCUACAAUGAAGAAAACAGCUCGCAAGACAAGACGUCAACAAUUGGCAGAAAAAGCUAUGAUCGCGAAAAAACACGUGGAUGCUGCAAACUCUCUUGAAAAUCCCCUGAAUUUGGCACUCAGAAAUUACAAACCCCUGAAUGGAGAUACUAUCAGUUUGAAAUGCAACAAGGUUGGAGAUCUCAACAGUGAAACCUUGGAUUGGAUUUUUGAUCUCAUGGAAAGAAAUAUGAAAACAAUAUACGAAGAAACUUGGGGCUGGGAUCCAAAAAAAAAGCAGCAGGAAUUGACUGAGCCCGCCGCUUGGUAUUUAAUCGCAACUGAUUCUAGUGGAAAAUUAAUCGGAUUCUCUCAUUUUCGAUUUGACAUGGAUUAUGGAGAGGAAGUUUUGUACUGCUACGAAUUACAGAUAGAACCAACAGCGAGGAGAAAAGGCCUUGGCCGCUGUUUGAUGAUUGCUCUCGAGUCCAUGGCUUUGGAAAAUCAUAUGCAAAAAGUUAUUUUGACAGUUUGCAAAAAAAACUUCAUCGCUGUCCCAUUUUUCCACAAAUUGGGUUACAAAUUGGACAAAACAAGCCCACCGGAAUCGGAGAAUCGGCAUUAUGUAAUCCUGAGUAAAAAACAACUAUCAUCCUCACGGAAUGCUACAAGUAUCGAGAAGUUGUGACAGAUUUCAUAAGCUCCCUAAGACU